GCAGAAGAAUUGUCUUCGCGCACGUACGUCUCCCGCUCAGGCGAUGUCCUGCUCACGGUACUGCAAUCCCGCCUUCCGAAGACGAGGUAUAAAUUGAUGGAACACGGAUAGCGUGUUCACGAGUUGUUCCUUCUCUGAUACCCGAACUGUCGAGUUCCUCUUCCUAUCCGGACUUCGAGCAAGGAAUUCUCGGCAAGACGACGGUGCGGAAAAUCAAAUCAUGGAGGUCAAGAUCAUCAUUGUCACGUCACUGGCUAUUGCCUGCGUGCAAGCCGCCAGUCCUGGAUCUAAUUGGAAUUACGACGAAUCUUCCAACAUUGGUCCUGCUAACUGGGGUAAUAUCCAGGGUUUCGAGGGGUGCGGCACUGGAACGGAGCAGUCGCCUAUCAACAUCCAAGCAUCCAGUGCAACGUAUCGGAGCUACCCUCCACUCAAUGUGACAAGCAACUCUGGUACAGGUACCUUUCGCCUGGAGAAUGAUGGCAUUGGUCCAAUUGGGCUUCCUGACGCAUCUAACAUCAAUUACCUGACCGGCGGUCCGCUAGGUGACAGACAAUACAGGCUGCACAAUUUCCAUCUCCACUAUGGCAACUCUACGUACGAGGCGUCGGAGCAUGCAUUCGACAACAUGAGGACAUCGUCCGAGAUUCACUUCGUCUUCUACAACAACAUCUAUGCGAAUAUCUCGGCUGCUCUGGACAGCGGAGAUAGAGAUGCUCUGGCCGUCAUCGGAAUUCUGUUCAGUACCAGCUUGGAUGUAUCCCAUGCACAUCCCAGCAUUGUAUCGAUAUUGAACUUUUUUGCUCCGCUGACUUACCCAGGUGAUACAACCACGGAGCAACUCGAUUUCUCUACUGUGCUGCGGCCUGAGGACGUUUCUACGUUUUAUACCUACAACGGAUCUUUGACUACGCCAAGCUGCAACGAGCAGGUUGUCUGGUUGGUGAUGAGCCAGAUACAAUACUAUCCUCCAACAGUGAUCGAUUCACUGUCCAGUCUCUUGACCACCAAUCGAACUCAACCACCAGUGGGAAUCAUCGGAAACACUCGCCCACUACAGCCACUCAAUUCCCGCACUAUCUAUCAGAACUUCCAGAAUCCAACAAUGGCUUCCACCACCUCAGGCUCCGGACUCAUGAACAUAUCGCUAUUCGUGAUGCUCCUCUCUUUCAUCGUGGCCAGCGUCUAGGCAGUCGUGUAACUCAGCCCAUCCUCUCUAUACUGGCAGUCAUGCAUUUUAGUUCUGGGUCUAGAAACGUUUGGGGUUAAAAUGGGCUCUGCCAUUUGACCGUGAAGCAGUUCAGUGCUAGGUGCGAGCCACUUAGGUAUAAUCCUGGCUUUUUUCCACGGCCUGAUAACUGAGCGUCAUCUAAAUGUUUAAUGCAUGCAGAUCUACAAGUAUGUGAAGUACACGUAAUGCCACUAGUAGAUGUGUUUCAAGUGUAGCAAAUUACCACCAAGGUUUGCACUGCAUUUCGAAAUUCUAUUCCACGCGUUGUUUCCUUUUGUUGAAAUUUUUCUCCGUUUACUCAUUUUGGUGCUUCAAUUCCAUAAUAUAAAACGAAUGUACGGCCGUGCCACAUAUGCAUGUAUGUAAAGUACACGUAAUGCCAAUAGUGCAUGUGUUUCAAGUGUAGCACAUUAUCUCAGAGGUUUGUACUGCAUUUCGUAAUCUUAUACUACUUAUACUUUUGCUUGCAUUACGAAUUGAACAAUAAAUAUGGUGCGUAUUCGCCAGACCGA